AUGCCUCGAGCUGCUAUGCUCAAGAACAGUAGUGUCAAGGUAGAUAUUGUGUCAGAAAACGGGCUUGUCUGGGUCAAGGUCAUUGCACGUAAUGCAAAGGCAUUUCGGCACGAAAUUAUGGGCUUAGAAUGGGAUGAUAGUGACUCUUCAGACGACGACGAUGAUGAAGAAUAUCAAGAUGGCCCGAAAAAAGCAUCCGCAGUAGGCGAUUUUGAUAGCUUGCCGAUCUUUAAAAAGGCACACGAAUAUUUAAGAACAGCUCGAGCCCAUCAUGUUCAGUUCCAUACGCCUAUUGUUGUGUUUGCCUUCAUGCGUAUUCAGCCUGAACAAGAUGUUUUUGUACAAAAAAUCAUGGAUAGAUUGACUGAAAUUGGUAUCGUUGUUCACAUGCAGCAACCUAUAAAAAGCCCUCUUCAGCUUCGUUCGACUUAUAUGCCGUUCCUUAAAGACAUUCAAGACAUAGACCACAUCACAACACCUUCUAUCAAUGUUGACGUCAGUUCUGCUUUGGCCAUUCUUUCUGAACUAUCACAUCAUGUUUGUUCUCCUGAACAAAUAUCCGCCAUGCCACUCCAAGUCCAAGCAGAACGUGAGGCUCGGAUACCUGCCCUGCCUCAAAUUCGCCAUUAUAUCACCGGAAAAAAGCUUUGUAUCAUCACCAGUGCUUAUGAACGACUCAAGGAAAUUGUAGAUAUUGUGGGUGGUGACAAUGAAAAAGCUCGGUUCAGGUAUUUAUUUCGAAGUCAUCUCCAUUUGGAUUUAGAAUUCGACGCUGAGCUUUGGACGAUUUUACCAUCUUUGUCUAUUGAAAUCAUACCAGACGCUUUAUCGGAGGCUUUUACAAAGCUGUUGGAACCCCCUUUUGAUCACAAGAGCAAGUUAAAUAAUGGACGCAAGAUCCGCACACGUUUUUCUGAAUUUCAUGCCAAGAUUUUUGGAAGUGGGGCGCAUUAUAAGAUGACAACACUCACAGCAAUUCAAUGGAUGGAAACAGCACUUAAAGAUGCUGGUCUAGAAGGACAGUUUUUAGUAUCGCAUGAACCUAGAUCUUUAGCAGAAAGGAAAAUGCAUAUCAUAAAAGAAUGA